AUGGGGGGGCUCUCCCUGGACCUUCCCGAGCAGCUAGCCUUCUACGGCUCCUACCACAACCAUCCCCUCAACCAGCUCAUCCACUUCUUCUGCGUGCCAGCUAUAUUAUGGUCUUGCUUCGUGUGGCUAAGUGCGGCUGGGCCGCUGCUGCCCGUACCCGCUUUGGCGCCUCCCACUUGGCUGGGCCCUGCCUGGGCCGCCGCACUUCAGCCCACCAACCCAGCCUUUCUGCUCGUGGCCGCCUACAGCGCCUUCUACCUGGCGCUGGACCUUUUCGCGGGGACCACCUGGGCGCUGGUGGUGGGGCUGCCGCUGGCCUGGACAGCCACAGCCUUCACCGCUGCCAUUCCCCGGGCGUGGGCGUGGGCGCUGAGUGUUCACGUGCUCGGGUGGUACAUGCAGAUACAUCCGGGGCAUGCGGUUCUGGAGCGGCGCAAGCCGGCACUGAUGGAUAGCUUGGUGCAGGCCUUCGCCCUGGCGCCGCUCUUCGUGUGGUUCGAGGCGCUGUUCCUGCUUGGCUACAGGCCAGCGCUGCGGGAGCAGCUCAAGCGGCGGGUGGCGCAGCUGAUCGCGGACAUGGAUGCCCGGCGGCAACCUCUGACCUCGAGCAACUAG